AACUUAGAACUGCACUGCUCCCUAAGAGUCUGUGCAGGCCUCCCCAAGAUGAAGCUACCAGGCCAGGAGGAGUUUGAGGUCUCCAGUGCUUGUGAAAAUGUGCCCACAGGAGAGCUGGACAAUGGCACUGGCUCUGGCCCCAGCCCUGACAGCCCCUCUGACAUAGACAGAGGGGAGCUGGGGGUGCCCAAGGACCCUCUGCUCUUCAUUCAGCUGAAUGAGCUUCUGGGCUGGCCCCAGGCCCUGGAGUGGAGAGAGACUGGCAGGUGGGUGCUGUUUGAGGAGAAGCUGGAGGUGGGUGCAGGCCGGUGGAGUGUUCCUCACGUGCCCACACUGGCACUGCCCAGCCUUCAGAAGCUCCGCAGCCUACUUGCCGAGGGCCUUGUGCUGCUGGACUGUCCAGCUCAGAGCUUCCUGGAGCUCGUGGAACAGGUGACCAGAGUGGACUCGCUGAGCCCAGAGCUGAGAGGGCAGCUGCAGGCCUUGUUGCUGCAGAGACCCCAGCACCUCAUCCAGCCCACAGGCACCAGGCCCUGCCAGGGGUCUGCCCAUCCAAGAGAGGCUUCUCACAGUGAGGAAGCCCCACUGAAGGAACAGCGUCAGAACCCCCUGAGAAGGAAGCUGCCUCCAGGGGCUGAGGCCGGGGCUGUGCUGGCAGGAGAGUUGGGUUUUCUGGGGCAGCCCCUGGGGGCCUUUGUGCGACUGCGGGAUCCAGUGGUGCUGGGACCCCUCACUGAGGUUCCUCUCCCCAGCAGAUUUUUCUGCCUCCUCCUUGGUCCUUCUACACUGGGAAAGGGCUACCAUGAGAUGGGCCGAGCAAUGGCCAUCCUCCUCAGUGACCCGCAAUUCCAGUGGUCAGUUCGUCGGGCCAGCAACCUUCACGACCUUCUGGCAGCCUUGGAUGCCUUCCUAGAGGAGGUGACAGUGCUCCCUCCAGGUCGGUGGGACCCGACAGCCCGGAUUGCCCCACCUAAAUGUCUGCCUUCCCAGCACAAAAGGAUCCUCUCACAACUGAAGGAGGUCCAGGGCCCCUCUGCCCGGCAUGGGGCCCUGGCUGAGGACAGGUAUGGCCACCAGCCACAGCUGCACAGCCCAGAGUUACAGCGGACAGGCAGGCUUUUUGGGGGCCUCAUCCAGGAUGUGCGCCGGAAGGCCUCAUGGUACCCCAGCGACUUCUUGGACGCGCUACAUCCCCAGUGCUUCUCAGCUGUGCUCUACAUUUACUUGGCCACUGUCACUAAUGCCAUCACUUUUGGGGGAAUGCUGGGGGAAGCCACCAGUGGUGCUCAGGGGGUGCUGGAAAGUUUCCUGGGCACUGCGGUGGCUGGAGCUGCCUUUUGCCUGAUGGCUGGCCAGCCCCUCACCAUCCUCAGCAGCACGGGGCCAGUGCUGGUCUUUGAGCGCCUGCUCUUCUCCUUCAGUAGAGAUUACAACCUGGACUACCUACCUUUCCGCCUGUGGGUGGGCAUUUGGGUGGCCACAUUUUGCCUGGCACUGGUGGCCACAGAGGCCAGCGUGCUGGUACGCUACUUCACCCGCUUCACCGAAGAAGGCUUCUGUGCCCUCAUCAGCCUCAUCUUCAUCUACGAUGCUGUGGGCAAAAUGCUGAGCUUGACCAGUGCCUAUCCCAUCCAGCGCCCUGGGUAUCCUGCCUAUGGCUGCUUUUGCCAGUACCCAGACCUGGGAGGAAAUGAGUCUCAGUGGAUGAGGACAGAGCCAAAAGACAGAGAUGACAUCUCAAGUCUGGACCUAGGCUUGGUCAAUGCCUCCUUGCUGCCCCCACCUGAGUGUGCCCGGCGGGGAGGCCGCCCUCGUGGCCCCAGCUGUCAUGCAGUCCCAGACAUCGCCUUCUUCUCCCUCCUCCUCUUUCUUACCUCCUUCCUCUUGGCCAUGGCCCUCAAGCAUGUAAAGACAAGCCGCUUCUUCCCCUCUGGGGUGCGCAAAGUGCUCGGUGACUUCUCCUCAGUCCUGGCCAUGCUACUGGGCUGUGGCCUUGAUUCCUUCCUGGGUCUGGCCACACCAAAGCUCACGGUGCCCAGUGAGUUCAAGCCCACACUCCCUGGGCGUGGCUGGCUGGUAUCACCUUUUGGAACCAACCCCUGGUGGCUGAGUGUGGCAGCAGCCUUACCCGCCCUGCUGCUGUCUAUCCUCAUCUUCAUGGACCAGCAAAUCACAGCAGUCAUCCUUAACCGUGCUGAAUAUAAGCUGCGGAAGGGUGCUGGCUUCCACCUGGAUCUCUUCUGUGUGGCUGUACUGAUGGUGCUCAUGUCAGCGCUGGGACUCCCCUGGUAUGUCUCCGCCACGGUCAUCUCCCUGGCCCACAUGGACAGUCUUCGGAGAGAAAGCAGAGCCUGUGCCCUGGGGGAGCCCCGCAGCUUCCUGGGGAUCAGGGAGCAGAGGCUGACAGGCCUGGUGGUAUUCAUCCUCACGGGAACUUCCAUCUUCCUGGCACCUGUACUCAAGUUCAUCCCAAUGCCUGUGCUCUAUGGCAUUUUCUUGUACAUGGGGGUGGCAGCAAUUAGCAGCAUUCAGUUCACAAAGAGGAUACAGCUAUUAUUUAUGCCAGCAAAACAACAGCCAGACCUCCUGCUCUUGCGGCAUGUACCUCUGAGCAGAGUCCACCUCUUCACAGCCAUCCAGCUUGCCUGCCUGGGUCUGCUUUGGAUAAUCAAGUCUACCCCUGCAGCCAUCAUCUUCCCCCUCAUGUUGCUGGGCCUGGUGGGGGUCCGAAAGGCACUGGAGAGGGUCUUCUCACCGCAGGAACUCCUUUGGCUGGAUGAGCUGAUGCCAGAGAAGGAAAGGAGCAUCCCUGAGAAAGGGCUGGAGCCAGAAUAUUCACUCAGUGGUGACAGUGAAGAUUCAGAGCUGAUGUAUCAGCUGAGGGCUCCAGAAAUUAAUAUCUCUGUGAAUUAGCUGGAGUAGGAGUUUGGCAAUAGACUCCAGGAACCUGAGCAUGAGUUCACAGGUGUUACUUGGAAGUCUGGAUAUUGUUGGCUUUUGGCUUAACUGCCAGAUAUUCAGUUGACUGGAACCAGUGGGGCAGGACUGGAGGGCAGCUGGCCAAGAUUUACAUUAUCCUCCUGAGCAGGGGAUAGAUAGUGGCAGGGAUGGGGCACCUGGGUGGCUCAGUAAGUUAAGCAGCUGCCUUCAGCUCAGGUCAUGAUCCCAGGGUC